AUGUCUCGCCCAAUUGAGCCAUUGAAAGAAAUCAAUGAUUCCAAAGAUUUGUGGAAGAUCGCAGUUAGAUGCAGGCAUCUAUGGACUGUCACAAGUUCUUCAAACAAAGAACACAUGGAGAUGGUUUUGGUUGAUUCUAAGCGUAAUAUGAUUCAGGAUGUUGUCCCUGCUUAUUUGCUUUCGAAAUUCAAAUCUGAAAUUGAAACAGGAAACUCUUAUAUCAUGCAAAAUUUUAAAGUUGGGAAGAAUGAUUUUGCUUUUAAGUCGACAAAUCAUACAUACAAAUUGGUUUUUUGUGGGUCAACUUCUGUUAAGAAAGCAGAAUUUCCUGACAUCCCUCAUAACUACCUUAACAUUAUUGGUUUGAAUUCCAUAGUUGAAGGAAGGUUUCAAUCAAAUAUUUUGGUUGAUUUGAUUGGAGGAAUCACCGAUAUCUCUCAAACCCAAGUUAACUGUGACAUCAGCAAGAACAGAAUAGUUUUUUCAAUUGUAGAUGCCAACAAAACAGUUAUACAAUGUACUCUUUGGGGGCAACUUGGAGUUCAGCUAUAUGAGUAUUAUAAGAAUAAUAAGCAAGCCUCUGAUAUUGUCAUUGUGCUAAUCAAUGCAAGGGUUAAAGAGGCUCAAGAAACAACCUGUGUUACCGUUGCUACCCUCGAUAAGUUUGAUGUUGGGCAGAUGGGAUGGUACUAUGAUGGAUGUAUGGAAUGCACAAGGAGUGUGUCUGCCAAGGAUGGAAAGCUGGAGUGUUUUAAGGAGCAUACUAGCCCAGAACCUGUGCCACGGUAUAAGCUUGAUAUAACAGCUGUUGACGGCAGUUCGAAGGCAAAGUUUGUCUUUUGGAACACAGACUGCGUGAAGUUAAUUGGGAAGUCUGCUCUUCAAAUGAAGAUAGAUUUAACACAUUCUGCUGAUUACGAUCCACUUGAAUUCCCUUACGAACUUGAAUCAAUAUUGAAAAAUGAAUUGGCAAUUAGAGCUGUUUAUCAGCCUAAAAAUGGACGACUUUCUGUCAUUGGCUUCAAAACUGAUGAAGAUGUGCGUAAUAAAAUUAAGGAACCUGUAUCUGCAUCUGCAGAAAAUGACCUGACCAUUGAAAAUUCAGGACUCACUCCAUGUAAGAGACUUAUAAAUGAUGCAGUAGAAGAUAAUGAUAGUGUACAACAAUCAUCAACCAAGAUGGCCAAAGAUAUUAAAGAGGAGAAAUAG